GACGAGUUCGCGCAUGGGAUGUACGGAAAUUUCGAUAUACAUCGAUUAUGAAUCUGUCCUACAAUGCUGACUUCACGGUCGUCUCUCUACGAAUAAAUGGCGGACUGUUUUUGCUUAAGAAAAUCAUGAAAGUUUGAGUGCGAGACAUGUGGGUGUUGUGACGUUCAGUAGUCCAGUAGAUAAACCGAAUACUCUCGGCAUGUGUGAACACUUUUGGGAACCUCUCGCAGAAGUGUACAUCGCGGAGCAGGCCGGGGAUAAUCUUGACCCCGAUAGUUACUUUUAUUGUCUCUGCAGCAGAGUAUUUCUUCGAAAUCCAGAAGUUUACACGAUUUCUGCACCGGAGGAUGCAAGCGAAGAUGAGGAUGCCGAAGGGGAUCGCGUGGGUGAGAUGUUGGAUCUUCCCAAAAGGGCCUCUGUAGAGAAUCAAUCUGCAGAAAAGCACGAUGAAGAACCGGUAAGCUGUUACUGCAGUGCCUCACACACUGACAACAACUACUCAACGGACGAGCACGACUCUGUCCGCGACUCGGCUCAUCGUCCAUCUGCUGCACAAUCUCUCACUCAAAAAUUAGGUCUUCAUCAAUCUGAUUCCGGGGCAGAUCUGUCCGAAUAUCACGACCAGCACGAAGCCAGGAGCAUUCAGAGUCUCUUGGCCUCCUAUGGUAAAACUUUUGGUACUGCUGAUGUCGAGGUCGAGAAUGGUUUCGAGAACGGGGAGUUAUUCAGGGAAUAUCGUGAAUGCCGCGAUCACGAUCAAACUUUGGACAUUCACGAUGUAACAGAUUCGACUGUGGAUCCAGGACACCGUCAAUCCGAACAUCCGUCCUUCGACUUAGGGAUGAACGACUCGUCAACUGACGUCAUUAAAUCUUAUGAACAGUAUGAUCAUAGUCUUUUAAUUUCUAAUCAAAAUACACUCGAAGUUUCUAUAUAUAUUCAAAAUUUAUAUCUGAUUAGUUACGGCGGCUAUCACAACCAAAAGAGCACAGUGGACUCUGCGUGGGAGAAAUUCUGGUCGAAAAAUGGCGAACAACUUAUUUGGGCCUCGUGGAUUGAGAAAUAUGCAGAUUAUAUUAAUCCAGGAUACAUUGAAGAAAACGAUGGAAUCUAUUCUUAUGAUCAAAAAGAGCACGUGGAACCUAAAGAUAAAAGCGUUGAUCGUUUUCCCGAACAAAAUACAUGCUUUCCCAAUCAGGCGCACAAAAACUGUGAACUCGGUCGCUCUAACUUCGAGGGAAUAUUUGGAAAGAACGGGAUGACUAGUUGCGAACUACGAGGAGCUGAUACGUCAGCAGGGAUGAAUUUUUCUUUUGAGAAUACCAAUAGGUCUAACGUGGAUGACAAGGAUGCCGAAGAUAAUAGAAAGAAAUUGACUAAUCAUGAACUAUCUCCGGAAAUAGGCGAAGGAUGGAAUCCACUGAGUCCUUUCAGUGCAGAGGAAAGUUAUAAUCAGCAAUCUAAUACUGAAGAUGAACGAUUGAUAACAAUCUCUAGAUGCGAUUCCACCAGCGACUCCAUUGCCAAGACCAAUGCUACAUCAGAUUCAAUGACUAACGUUACUAAAAUGACUCUGACCAGCUCUAGUUUUGAUUCGAACUCGAUUCAAUCUUCCAGUCUUAUAAGUUCCGCAACCAGUUCCAUCGAAAGUAACGUUACUGGUAGCAGCUCCGAUCAAGAAAAUGAAUAUAAUCCCGAAGAUAACGAUAGGUACUGGCAACAUCUGUGGAAAGAAAACUUCUCCGAACAGUAUCGCAAACAUUACGACUUAUUUGUGGAAAGAUACAGCAAACAAUUGGCAUCCAAUGCGAAUUAUUACAACAGCCGUAAAACGUACAAAGAGAAUGAAGAAGCUGAUGGCCACAAUAACAAAGUGGAGGAUAUUACGGAGACCGUAAAUGAAUCUACCUUGCCGCACAAAUUGUCCACGCCACCCGGAAGUAAGGGUGGCUCCAGAAAAUCCUCAGUAUCCUCAAAAAGAGAAAAUUCGAAGAAAAAGAAAAUGAUCAUGGAAUCGGUGGGCGUACUAAUGCAAAAUUUGAACAUGAGAUCAGAAGAAACGCCUGUACAGGGUGAAGAUACCACGAGGGAAGAGGAUCAAAGUGAAAAACCAGAAGUUAACAGCGAGAUCGGAAUUAACUCAUUGUCGCUUAAUAGAGAUAAUUCCGAAAAUAGUCUUAAACAAAAUGGAAAGGAUUCAUCCGGCGGUGACGGCGACAAACCUCAUGAAGAUAAACCAACGACCCUUAAGAGAAGUCAUGAAGCCGACUGUGAUGAGAACGGAGAAGGACUGGAAACUGUGAAGAAGGCCUUCUCUUUGAUGGGCUACACCUUCAAUGAAAAUCAGAAGCAGAUGAAGAUGCAGGGAGAAGUCGUGUAUAGAAAACGAAAUAUUAGAUUACAAAACAGGCAGCUCAAGAUGAAACUCACCCGACCAAAACCUACCAACAAGCACAUAUACUUUGACGAUAACGGAGUGGAAAUUACUAGCACAAUAGACAAGGUGAAGCACUACUUAUCCUAUUGUCCCAUAACACUUUCAACGGAAGAGGAGCUUCAACCCAACGAAAAAGGUUCCUACACAAAAGCACAGUUCUCAUCAAGUUCCGACGAAGAGUGCGAUCCCAAAUUGACAAAUAAAUUACACGCUAAGAGACUCAUCUUUAGUAAACCAAGCACAAGUUCUCUUGAAUCUAAACCAGACAAAGAUAAGGAAACGGACAAAGUCAGUGAUACCUUGAAGACUCAGGAGGAUCUCGAUGACGUAUUUGAGGAUAAUGAAGUAUUAAAAAGUGUUAAGUCGGUAUCGUCUUCAUUUUUUGUUGAAAAAGAGAGUAUGGAAAACGCAGAUAUGGAGAUUGACUGUGAAUUCGGUAAUGGCGAAUUGCUCACUGUUAAGAUGUCCGAUGAAGAUAACUCAAAACGCACUCAAAAGAAAAAAAGACGGAAGCAAACAAAAAGAAACGUCAGUCUUCCCAUUGAAGUGGCCAAUGAUAAAACGCUAAUGAAGUAUUGGUUGAAACGAUAUCGUCUCUUCAGCAAGUUCGAUCAAGGAAUAAAAUUAGAUCGUGAGAGUUGGUUUUCCGUGACACCUGAAAAAAUUGCCGAGCAUAUCGCAGAAAGGUGCAAAUGCGACACAAUCGUUGAUGCAUUUUGCGGUGCUGGUGGCAAUGCUAUACAAUUUGCAUUUACCUGCGAGAGAGUAUACGCAAUUGACAUAGAUCCCACGAAAAUUGAACUGGCCAAACACAAUGCAAAAGUUUACGGAGUGGAAGACAGGAUAGAAUUUAUCGUAGGCGAUUUCUUCCAACUAGCGCCAAAGCUCAUAGCGGAUGUAGUGUUCCUCAGCCCACCAUGGGGUGGUCCUGCAUACGCCAGGGUAGAAACAUUUGAUCUCAACAGCAUCAUGCCACCGGCCGGUGGGACACAUCUUUACGAAGUAGCAAAACAAAUAACGGAUCACGUGGCCUACUUUUUACCUAGAAACGUGGACACCAUGCAGCUUGCGAUGCUGGCCGGUGCCGGAAAUGGCGUUGAAGUGGAACAAAAUUUUCUCGAUCGUAAGUUAAUAGCAUUGACGGCUUACUACGGGGAACUACCCAAGGACUGUUAGUUGUGAUAUGAGCUGUACUGUUAAAAAAAAAUAACUAUCACGAAUCGAACUUCUUCAUAAAGAAGGAGAACGAGUAAGAGAGGCCUCUUUCUCCUGUUUCGCGAACUCUUUACUGUAAAUAUCAUGCCGUGUCUGUUUGUACGAGUCAGUCAUCAAAGUAGCUUUGGGACAGAGUAGAGUUGAUGAGUAUGCACUGAAUAUCCUGAGAAAUCUAAUGGGACGAUUAAAGAUUUAAACCAGCCUAUGCAAAUCGAUACGGCGAAGGUAGUUCGCGACUUCAUCAUUAACAAUUCAUCAAGUAUUCAUGGACGUUCGUGAAAUAUUCAAUUUGAAUCUUCCAUAGCGUUAACGAUCGAGUACUCCUUUAACUUUAAGUCUAACAGUGAGAGUAACAGAAUGAAAGAGAAAGUAAAAAGAGGAAGUUGCCAGAACAAUAUUCAUCGACACAAUUCUUUGUUUUCGAUGGCAAUGUAAGAUAUUGAUUUUAAUUCCGUAAAUAGAGACUAGAUAACUUCGCCGAGACAUUGUGUAUUUUACAUUUUACAAUGACUUCCAGAUUAUUAUUUUACAGUUUUUGUGUACACUUCUGCUAAUUUAGUAUCGACAAUUAAUAAAUAUACCCGGAACAUUAAAAUCCA